CACGGGAAAGCGCUGAUGCGAGGCAGAGGUCCGUCCGUCGCAAUAGGGCUCGCAAUAAAACCGCUCCCCACUGUCUCCGGCCGCACCGGGCUGAGGAGGCCAUCGGACGCACAAGGACAGCAAGCAGAGUGCAGGGCCGGAGCGAGCGACCGAGAGUGUGUGUGAGAGAGAGAUGGCGUCCAGCGCCUCGUGUACCCUGCUGCUGCCAACGCUCUCGCUCGCGGUGAUCCUGCUCGCGCUGUGCGCCCGCGGCGGCGAGGCCAGGCCGCCGCCGCCGCUCCACGGCGUGCGCCCGCUCGCCUUCGACGAGGGGUACACCCAGAUCUUCGGCAGCGCCAACCUCGCGCUCCUCCGCGACGGUAGGCGCGUCCGCCUCACGCUCGACGAGUCCACCGGAGCCGGGUUCGCGUCGCAGGACGUCUUCCUCCACGGCUUCUUCAGCGCCGCCAUCAAGCUGCCCGCCGACUACGCGGCGGGCGUCGUCGUCGCGUUCUACCUGUCGAACGGCGACGUGUACGAGAAGACGCACGACGAGCUGGACUUCGAGUUCCUGGGCAACGUGCGCGGCCGCGAGUGGCGGGUGCAGACCAACGUGUACGGCAACGGCAGCACCGACGCCGGCCGGGAGGAGCGCUACGACCUCCCCUUCGACCCCACCGACGACUUCCACCACUACUCCAUCCUCUGGACCAGCGACCGCAUCAUUUUCUACGUCGACGAGACCCCGAUCCGGGAGGUGGUGCGGACGGCGGCCAUGGGCGCGGCGUUCCCGUCCAAGCCCAUGUCCCUGUACGCCACGAUCUGGGACGGCUCCGCGUGGGCCACGCUGGGCGGCCGGUACCGCGUCAACUACAAGUACGCGCCGUUCGUGGCCGAGUUCGCCGACCUCGCCAUCCAGGGCUGCGCCGUCGACCCCGCCGCCGACCACGCCGUGGCGUCGUGCGGCGCGGGCCUGGGCCUGGCCCCGCUCGCCGUGUCCGCGGAGCAGCGCUCGGCCAUGGCGGCGUUCCGGCGCGCCCACACCUCCUACUCCUACUGCCACGACCGGCGGCGGUACCCCGUCGCGCUGUCGGAGUGCGGGGCCGGCGCGGGGCUCCUCCCCGGCCGCAUGUUUGGCCCCGACGGGAUGAAGCAGCACCGGCGCCACCGGGGCGCGGCGCGCGGCCACCGCGGCGGCGCCCAGGACGACGACGUCAUGUGAUCGCCGGUCCCUGGCCCCUCGCCACGUCGCGGCGGCGGGGCGGGGAUGGUUGCACGCUGUGGAUUGGAUUGGAUUGGAUUGGAUUGGAUUGGGGGGUUGGGCGGGGAUUGUCCGGGAUGGAAAAGCUCGCCUCAUUGUACUAUUCGCGCCAUGGAAGUAGGUCGUGUUUAUUGCCUGUGGUGGGACCCAUGUCCGUGCCAACGCCAAUUGCCAGCCGCGUAGCCGUUGAUGAAGAAAAAGCCAUUCGCUGGCCGCUCUUUACCUUGUAGCGUUAAAGGGUAAAAAAACGCUGUCUCGUGACGCCGUGGUUGAUGAAGAAAAGCCAUUCGCUGGCGGCGCUUUA